AUGUCCUUCCUAAGGAAUUUCUUUGGCACCUCUGCCACCCCAGUCCAGGAGGAGACCAAGGAGGGCAAGACUCCCGUCCGCGCCCUCCCCGCCUCCUGGUACACCUCCCAGGCCAUGUACGAGCUCGAGCGCCGCGCCAUCUUCUCGCGCAAAUGGCUACUCACCACACACAAGGCUCGCGUCCCCAACGCGGGUGACUGGGUCCGAUACGACGCCGCCGGCUACGAGUUUGUUGUCGCCAAAGACCACCAGGGCGAGAUCAAGGCAUUCCUCAGCGAGGAUCUGUCGCCCGCUCACGUCCAUCUCGAUCGCAACGGUUUCGUCUGGGUGAACCUGGACUCCUCCGAGACCCCCGAAGUGGCCUGGAAGGAUGACUUCGAGGGCGUGGAUGAGCAGCCUCGAUUCCAAUACUACAACUUUGACAACUACAACUUCGACCACACCUGGGAUAUGGAGGGUGAUUUCAACUGGAAGAUUCUCGCCGACAACUACAACGAGUGCUACCACUGCCAGGUCGCUCACCCCGACAUUCCCACCAUCGCCGAUCUCAAUUCCUACUACGUGAAGACCAAGGACGGCCACAUCCAACACUAUGGUGCCCCCCGCGAAGACCAGAUCGCCAAGGGCUUCCGCAUUGCUACCACCUACUUCUGGCCCAACGCAUCCUUCAACGUCAGCCCCAACUUCUUCUUCAUGCAGCGAUUCACCCCCACAAGCCCGACCAAGUGUGUCAUGCGCUACGAAGUCUACCGCCACAAGGACGCAACCGACGAGGCCUUCAACUUGAUCAGCGACAUGUACAAGCGCAUCAUGUCCGAAGACAAGUACCUCUGCAUCCACUCGCAGAAGAACCUGAACGCCGGUGUCUUCGUCAACGGCCUGCUCCAUCCCGAGAUGGAGCUCGGCCCGCUUCACUUCCAGAAGACGGUCCGCGAUGUGGUCAUGGAGCACCGCAAGAAGGAGGAAAAUGUCGGCCGCGAGAUCUGGCCCGCCGCCGAGCGCAGGCCGCAAGAGACCGUCGCCGAGGAGCCAAUUGCCUUCCGCACGGGCACCGAAACUUACAUGAGCGAGAAGGAUGACUUGAAUGUCACCGUGACUCCGCUUGUCUCUGUUUAA